UGUAGCGACGCGGAGUGAUCGAUAAGGCGAUACGCCGGCGACAGACGUCUCGGACAAAAAUUAGUGACGGGGAAGUUUGCAUUACUCAUUAUCGCUAUAAAACGUGUUAAUCCAGUGCGCGGGCGAGCCGAGCGUCAGUCAACUCGCGCCCCGGCCGGGGAGCCCGCGUACCUACUUGUGCGAAUUGUGAACUUCGUGAUGUGCUGACCGCGUGGACGAGUGGACUGUGGUGUGGUGCGGUCGUUGACAUGUCCCGCCUCUUCAACUUCCCCCCGGAGACCUACUCGGCGGUGUACGUCGAGGCUCCCGUCUCUAACGUGGCGAACGGCAAGUCUCGUGAGGCGGAGGGUCCCGUGUCGCUGUCGCCGCUGUCGCAGGUGUCGCCGGCAUCCGCGACAAGUGAGUCGCGCGUGUCGCUUUUCAGCUGCUUCCACUGCGCCCUACAUAAUGGCAUUAAAGCUAUACGGAAAGACAAACAUUCAGCUAAAUCUAAGGUCGCCUCCGGCAAGGACGAGGACCGCUGGCGCUCCAAGGAGGACGGCGUCCUCUUCAAGCGCUGGCGCCGCGCCACCCCCGUGGUGGACGCCACCCCCGCGCCGCCCUCGCAACCCUCCGACCUGCUCAAGUUCCUCGCAAUCAAUGCAUUGGAACUGUCGGCCCCGGCGUCCGACGCGCUGCUGAAGUCGCGGUCGUCGGAGUGGUUCCAGCUGUCGGGUCACCCCGGCUCGCUGGCGCCGGCGGGCCCCGGCACGGUGUGGAAGCGUCGCGCGCCCGGCGACCGCCCCGCCCACAACCCCGAGCGCGACGCCUACGAGGCGCUCGCCGCCUGCCCGCACAUGCGCUCCGCCAUCCCCCGCUACUACCGCGACCUCGAGUACGACGGGGAGCACUUCAUCGAGCUGCAGGACCUGCUGCACGGCUUCCGCGACCCCCACGUCAUGGACGUCAAGAUGGGCACCCGCACCUUCCUCGAGGAGGAGGUCAGCAACGCCCGCGCCCGCCCCGACCUGUACGAGAAGAUGGUCCGGCUGGACCCCACCGCCCCCACCGAGGCGGAGCACGCCGCGCGCGCCGUCACCAAGCUGCGCUACAUGCAGUUCCGCGAGCGCUGCUCCUCGUCGGCGGAGCAGGGCUUCCGGAUCGAGGCCGUCAAGAUGCCCGGCCGCCCGCCCCUCACCGACCUGCAGAAAGUCAAGGAGCCGGAGCUCAUCUCGGCCACCGUCGGCCGCUUCUUCGGCGGGGACGAACGCGCCCGCCGGGCGAUCGCCGCGCGCCUCCGCGAGAUAAGGAGCCUCUUCGAGAAGUCGGAGUUCUUCCGGACGCACGAGAUCGUCGGGAGCAGCAUCUUCAUAAUCUACGACGACGAGCGCGUCGGCGCCUGGCUCAUCGACUUCGGCAAGACGCGCCGCGUCCCCGAGGGCAUCGAGGUGGACCACCGGUCGCCCUGGCGGCAGGGGAACCACGAGGAGGGCUUCCUCUACGGCCUGGAUAGGUUGAUAGAUACGAUAGAGACGGCCGAGCUGGAGCCGAUAUCGGAGCCGGACGUCUCGCGUUGAAGACGCGCGCCCCGAAACGUGGUUUUGAUCUACGGUCGUGAGCCGCCGGCGCCCCCGAGGGCCGCCCUUCGCCACGGGUUGCGGAGUUCUCCCGGACAAGCCCGGAGAUGUACAGAAAUUCCGUUUGCAAGUUUAUAAUGUGAGAGUGCGAUUUGUCGCUUUAUGAUCUAGUCUUUAAUUAUUUAAAUACAAAUUAAUUUUUAUUCCUA